CACUAGAAACAAGUAAUAAAAUAAGUAACAUAAAUAAUGCAUCGUAUAAAUACGUAAUAAUAAUCAAUAAUAAUGAAUUUCAUAGAAAAUUAACAAGAAUGUUUGUAACGUAUUGGUAGAAGCUUAAAGAUCGCAACAAGAUUAACUCCGUGCAUCUCGAGCCGACUCACGGAUUACAAAAUUUUUCCCAGAAAUAAAAUACGAAGAUAAUCGACUGUAUCCUACUAGGAAUCGAAAUAUUUCAAGUAGACGUAAACUGAUCGCUAUACGAUUGCACGUGCCAGUUUCAAACGUAUGGAAAUCGUAUUGGCGCACAAUCCUAUGUCGAAUCUUUUCCUUUCGACGGAUGUGCCUGUUAAUAAUCAACCGUACAAAUAUACAGGAAUAUUGAUGACACACAGUAUCUCCGUGAGCAUGAUGUGGGUCAGAGGUUCAGCGUGAUUAUUGUAUUCCGAAUAAGUAUAAAAGCACGCGGUGGAUCGUCAACCGGUACACAGCGACCAACUGAAUCCAGGGUGUAGCCGAAUUUUCAUCGCGGGGAUGUUCAAGUUGACUUUGUUAGCGGCGCUAGUCGCUAUUUGCGUAGCGCACAGCAUAUCGUUCUCCGGAAGUCGCACCGCCGACAUGGACUUCCUCCAUAAGCAGAAGAAGAUCUUCGAUCUGUUGCUGUACGUUAGACAGGCAGACCUAAGCGAUGCUGAAUGGUAUGACAUAGGAAGGAACUACAACAUGGAAACAAAUAUGGACAUGUACAAAGACAAGAAUGUCGUACAAAAGUUCUUUUGGUGGUACAAGCAAGGAAUGUUCCUUGUCCGUGAUGCCAUCUUCACACCAUUCAACACCGAGCACAUGUACGAAAUGAGAAUGCUGUUCGAGUUGUUCUACAACGCCAAGGACUUCCAAACGUUCUACAAAACUGCUUGUUGGGCCCGACUUCACAUGAACAGCGACAUGUUCACUACGGCGUUCUCCGUUGCCGUGUUCUACAGAAGCGACUGCAAAUACAUGAGACUGCCAGCGAUCUACGAGAUCUACCCUAACUAUUUCUUCGAUUCAAGCGUGAUACAAGAAGCACAGUACUUGAAGAUGUCUCAAGGUAGAACUGGUGCCGGAAUGGGCAACAUCGAAACUUACGUAGUGACCGCCAACUACUCGAGCAGUUACAUGAUGCCAUACAUGGACGACGAAUAUAAACUCGACUACUUCAUGGAGGAUAUCGGAAUGAACGCGUAUUACUACUACAUCCGACAGAUAUUCCCCUUCUGGAUGUCCAGCAGCAAAUACAACAUGCCUAAAGAGAUACGUGGACAAUUUUAUUAUUUCAUCCACCAGCAAUUAUUGGCUAGGUACUUCCUUGAACGAAUGUCAAACGACCUUGGUAAGAUAGAGGACUUCGACUGGAACAAGUCAAUCUACCCUGGAUACUUCUCCACGAUGAUGUACCCCAAUGGCAUACCCUUCCCACAAAGAGACAGAUAUUCGGCUCUACCCUAUUAUAAAUACAAGUAUCUUAAGGAAAUCAAUGCCCUGGAGUUGCGUAUAAUGGACGCCAUCGACUCUGGCUAUCUGAUAGACCAAUAUGGAAAGAAGGUAGACAUCUACACAUCGGAAGGUUUGAACAUACUCGGCAACGUGAUAGAAGGGAAUGUAGACUCUUGCAACACCAGAUUCUACGGCAUGUACGACGCACUUGCACGCGACAUCCUUGGCUUCAACUUCGACUUCUACAACAAGAACAAGGUGAUCCCCAGCGUCCUGCAAUCCUACUGUACCAGCAUGAGAGAUCCGGCAUUCUAUAUGCUUUACAAAAAGAUCAUGACUUACUUCUUCAGAUACAAGAAAUUCCAGCCUCAGUACUCUCAGAGCGAACUGCAAGUGCCAGGUGUGAAAUUCGAAUCCGUGAAUAUCGACAAACUGAACACGUACUUCGACACCUGCGACACUCUGAUCAGCAAUGCAGUAUCAGUGGAUAGCUUCAAGGGUGGAAUGUACCUUCGUCUGAAGGCACGACGCGCUUGCCUCAACUACCAGCCGUUCACCUACAAAAUCAACAUCAAUUCCGACAAAGAAAUGAAGGGAAUGCUGAGAAUCUUCCUUGGGCCAGCCUUCGACGAGGUGCAACAGGAUAUGAUCUACUUACAGAAGUACCAUUACUACUUCGUGGAAAUGGACAGAUUCGCCGUGAACCUCCAUUCUGGAAGCAACAGCAUCGAACGUCGCAGCUCGGAGUCCCUCACCACUGCACCUGGCAUGAUGUCAAGUGACAUAUACUACGACAAACUGAACAAGGCAAUCAGUGGAAGCGAGCCGUUCACGUACUCCGAAAGGAUGUUCGGUUUCCCAGAACGCUUCACUCUGCCACGUGGUAAACCAGAAGGUUUAAGGUACAAGAUGUUCUUCUUCCUGAGCUCGUUGGAAGAAAACAGCAUGAACUCGUACGAAAUGCCUCUGUAUGGAAAAAUGAUGUUCGACAACAUGCCAUUCGGAUUCCCAUUGGACAGACCCAUGUUCGCAUGGAACUACACCAUUCCUAACAUGUUCUUCAAGGACGUGUACAUUUACAAUCGUCCUUACGAAAAAGAAAGGAUGAAUUACUAAACCGAUGAGAUUUUUAUAAACAGUGUUUUCCCUUUAUCGAUUGUUAACGAUCUUGCAAAAGAUUCUUCGAAUAAAGAAUUCUGAAUGAAACGAACUUUUGUGUUAUAUUUCUGUUUACGUAUUGGCCUUCUAUUAUACACGUUGUAUCAACAGCUUUCUUCAUAAGAUCAUUCCAAAAUUAAUCAAAUAAUUCUUUAGUGUUAUGCCUUCUAACUUUAUCGGUCACCUCGUACGUUAUAUAUUCAUGUGUUCGUUUCUUGUAUUAGCGUGAUCGUUAACGAUGUCCUCAAGUAGUCGCAAACAGGUUCGAACGUUCAUCGAAUGAAUUCGAAACCUCCAGCAGAAGCUAAACGCGACAUAUCCGAACCCUAUACGGAUACUUGCAGAUAAAGAAGGUAUUCUUAACACUUUACCGACCGCUAACGAUUCAACAGCAUACGCACGUCCGACCGGCAUCUCAGGCGCAGAUUCUCCCUAGCGCCGGCUCUGUUUCGGUUUAGAUUCUCCAAUAUCAUUCUUUUUGUUCAUUGCGAACGGUACGUUUUUCAAGUUAAUAUAAAACUGUGGGAGCUUUCAAAGCAACGCAACUGACGCAACCGAGCAAGGUACCUUAGUACUAAAUAACAAAUUACUGCUCAAAUAACGAGAAAGAUCGUUGGCGACAAAAAGCCGAUUAAUAGGCUAUCGGUUGGUAAGCGUCGGUGACGGAAACCCGAUUAAUCGGCUAUCGGUCGGUAAAGUGUUAAGUAGAAUUUAAACACUGGUCGAACAAGUUUGGAACUUUACGAGUACCUAUAAAUCUUCCAUUCGCUCAAAGUUAUUUUUCUCGGCUAUCGUUCUUAAAUAGCUACAAGUACGACAACAGUUCAAGUAAGAUUUACAGCAAUCCCGUUUACCGUCUACGAUUCUGUAUAAUUUUCCUUUUGUUGGAAGAAUUCAAUUUCAACGACAGUUUCAGUCGACGAAAUGUUUCAGUCCCUCGUUGACGACGUUUUAUCAACUUUCCCGAGAAUGGAAAUUGUCGAGGCGAGAGUAAAGUCAGCAUUGUAUUUGUGUUACGGUGUUCAAAUUUUUAUUCCGAGUUGUUCUAGGGAUGUAAGUACGUGUUCCAAAAGAAGAACCCUUUGCCUGUACAUUAUUGUUGUUAAAAUAAAGAGAAAUAUCCAUUGUGUUACGGAUGUUAGCGUUGGCUAAUUUCUUCCUAAACUAAGUACGAUAUUGAAACGAUAUUUUGGAACAAUGUCUAGAACAGCUAAAACCAUUGAACACGUUGAGGGACAUCUUCUAAUGUAAAAUAUGUAAAAUACGUUCGAUUUUUAAGAAAUGCAGGGCGGGUGAACAGUGCAACCUUUUGCGGUUGCUUCCAAGAUCUUUUGAAAUAAAUCAUUAUUUGCUUUGGAACAACGUAGAACAAACGUGGAACAACUGGGAACAACAAUAGAAAAUACAAGAUUUAUACGAAUUAUAGUCGAAGAUCGAAUAUCUGGUAAGUACAAUGAGCCAAUUAUUGCAUACAUU